AUGAGUUCUUACAAUCCAUUCUGUCAGUCCUCUAGUUAUUUAGAGCUUCUCAACAGUCAAGGAGAGUCUCUUAACCAAGAAAACUCUCCUUAUGAGAGUUUUCCAUCACCUGGCGACAAUGUUGCUUACGAAGUACCUCCUUACUCGUCUCAAGAAUCUCAAGAUGUACCUCUUUCUCAAGAGACACCUGCCAGGAAGAACAGGAAGAAAUGGAAUCCGGCCGAUGAUAAAAUUCUUAUCAGUGCGUGGCUGAACACUUCAAAGGACCCGAUUAUUGCAAAUCAACAGAAGGGAGGAAGCUUUUGGCAAAGGGUUAACAAAUACUAUGCAGAGACUCCUCAUGCUCUAGCCAAUGGUGAACAAGGGAUGAACAUAAACUGUAAGCAGAGGUGGUUUAGAAUCAAUGAGUGCACAAACAAGUUUUGCGGGGCUUACGCAGCUGCAGAGAGACUAAACAGUAGUGGACACUCUGAGAACGAUGUGGUAAAGAUGGCUCAUGACAUCUACUUCGCUGAACAAAAGACGAAGUUUACAAUGGAGCAUUGCUGGUGUUUGUUAAGGUUUGAGCAGAAAUGGAUGAAUCUUAACGCUCUUAACAACACUUCAACUUCAGUCAGAACAAAGAGGAAACCUGUUUCAAAGGCAGCUUCACAAUCCGAGACAGCUUCACAAUCCGAGGCAGCUUCACAAUCCGAGACAGCUUCACAAUCCGAGUCAACCCACAGUGAGCAAGUCUUUGAGGAAAGGCCUCAAGGUAUCAAGGCUGCAAAGGCCAGGAGGAACAAUUCUCAGGGGAAGGCUCUUGCUGACUAUAAGAGCAUGUGGGAAGUAAAGAAGGUGGAUAUGGCUGAAAAGGAGAAGCUACAGAAGCUUGGCAUACUAGACACACUUCUCGCCAAACCAGAACCACUUAGUGAAGUUGAUCAACUUAUCAAGGAUAAGAUAGUGGCUCAGUAUUUCUGA